UAUGGACCUAACAAACCUUGUUCUUUCAUCUCAAAACUUGCAAGAAUGUACAAACAAUUUCAAUCAAAACAACCUCAUUGGGUUGACACAGUUUGGAAGAUUGUUUAGAGGAAACUUCCAAGGUCAACAUGUAUUGGUGAAAAUAUUGGAUGAUGAGAAGUUUAAGUACAUAAGUUCCAAAUACAAUGAUGAGUAUUUGAUUAUCAAAGAGGAAAUAAAGUUUUGGACAAAUCCAAAUUUGAAAGGUUGUCCCAAUCUAGUUAGUUUGAUUGGUUAUACUUGGGAGAGAGAUAUAAAAGGGAUUGUUUAUGAUAUUAAUCCACUUGAUACUUUGGAUAAAGUAAUCAAGCAAGAUAGCUUAAAUUGGCUUCAGAGAAUAAAUGUAAUUCAUGAACUUGCUAUGGUCUUGAAAUUCAUUCAUGACCAAGAGAAACAAAACAUGGUGUUGAAUAUCACUGCAUCUCAUAUACUUCUUGAUAAGGACUGCAAGCCAAAAUUAUUUGAUUUCCUGUUGCUUAGUGAAAUGAAAUUGCUCAAGGAACAAUUAACAAUGUCAACUAGCUACAUUGAUCCUUAUUUUUCUCUAAGAGGUGGUGAAUGGGAUAGAAGCAGUGAAGUUUUUUCAUUUGGCAUUAUUUUGCUUGAACUAGUAACAAAAAGAUCUUCAAACAUUGGAAACACAGAAGAUACAAGCUUAAACAUGGAUAAUCUAGUACACAUUUGGGCUAAGAAUGAGUAUAAACCAAAUUGCUCUCUUGUUCAUAAAUAUCUGCAAGAAGAUUGGCUUUAUUGUGCUGAAGAUGGUGUUGCAAUAACUCGACUUGCUUUGCAGUGCAUAGAAUUUUUUCCAGCAAAUCGUCCUUCAAUGAAGGAUGUGUUGCAAAAUUUAGAAAAUAUUUCGGUAUUGCAACAUUUGUUUGAUGCUAGAUCAACUAAAAGGGCGAAGAAGUUGAUUUCAUCAUGAUGCAAAUUUAAAUUACAUAAUCAACAUUUGUUUCUCUAGCUAGGCAUCAAACACUCCAUAAUCAACCGUGCCUUUGAUGUAUUUUAGAAUUUUCUUAGCAGCUCCAUAAUCCAAGUCUGUGACUUAUAUAGAGUUGCAUUCACAGGUUCAUCAUUUGUGUCUUUGCUCAGUUUAGCACAUGUUUCCAUAGGAGUAAUUGCAGGGGUUACAAUUUCACAUUCUGAAUUUCUUUAUAAGUCUUCU